AUGGAGUGUAAUGGGUUUAAUUCUCCUCGGUCCGAUACCUUUCCGGCUGGGCUACGUGUUCUUGUGGUCGAUGACGAUCCAACAUGGUUGAAAAUCCUUGAAAAGAUGCUUAAGAAGUGUUCAUAUGAAGUGACUACAUGUGGUCUAGCAAGAGAGGCUCUGGACCUGCUUCGUGAAAGAAAAGAUGGAUUUGACAUCGUAAUCAGUGAUGUUAACAUGCCUGAUAUGGAUGGUUUCAAGCUUCUGGAGAAUAUGGGACUUGAGAUGGAUCUUCCUGUCAUUAUGAUGUCUGUCGAUGGAGAAACGAGCAGGGUGAUGAAAGGUGUUCAACAUGGAGCAUGUGAUUAUCUUCUUAAGCCUAUAAGAAUGAAGGAACUUCGGAAUAUAUGGCAGCAUGUCUUUAGAAAGAGGGUACAUGAGGUGAGAGAUAUUGAAAGUCAUGAUGGCUUUGAAGAAAUUCAGAUAAUGAGAAAUGUAUCAGACCAGUAUGAUGACAUAUACUUGCAUAAUGGAGGUGAUCUGACUUCAGGAAAGAAAAGAAAAGAUGUCGAAAACAAGCUUGACAACAAAGACUUUGAAGUUGGCCCCAAGAAAAUACUCGACUUGAUGAAUGUGCCAUGGUUGACAAGAGAAAAUGUUGCUAGCCACUUGCAGAAAUACCGCCUCUACUUGUGUAGGUUACAGAAAGAAAAUGAUAUAAAAGCUUCUUUUGGUGGGAUAAAGCAGGCAGAUCUCUCCCCGAAACAUACUGCUGGAAAAUUUGGCCUUCACAAUUCAAUCAAUAUACAGCAAGAUGAUGCUGCUAAUGGCCACUUUGGAACUUCUGACAACAAAAUUCCACCCCACAAUAUCGAUCAUAAAAUCCAUGAAGCUGAACUUAAGGGUAUUGUUUCAAUGUCAAUGACAAAACCCAAGAAGGCCCAGAUUGUUAAUAUUCCUGAACCUCAGAAGCUCAGCAGUUCAGGGACUGGCCUCAGUCACUCUUGGGGGUCACUGGAACCAGACCCUAAAUAUGCAGCAUUUGAUUCUACUCUCACUAUGCAGUACUCUUGGCGCGAUAUUCAGUACCAAGAAUAUAAGCCUCAUCUUCAGUUAGAGAAUAGCUUCAGACAUCUGCCACUGCCUGCUAUACAGAAUCACAUCCAAGUUAAUACCUUACGACCUGUUCCCUCAACUAAUACCAUACCAUUCAACAAAGAGAGGGAUAAACCUUCACCGGUUGAAAUCCAGCCUUCAGGUGCCAAAUGCAGAAGCCAACAAAUCAGGCAAGUAGCUCCAACAGGAAAUGCAUUUGACUUGCUUUCAGCUCAGUCUGAGAGCUGUAUGACAAACUUUCACACAUCUAGUCCACCUGCCAGUGCUACAUUUAGCAUGAAGAAUCAGGGCAUUGAUCGGAUUUCAGUAACUGAUCUGGAAUCUAACAAGGGAAACCUAAUUCAGGAAAUAGGGGCAGCAUUUGCAUGUAUCGAUGAGGACUUAACCGCUUCUUGCUUUCAAGGUGAUUGUUGUUCUAUAAAUCUUGGAUUCCAGAACAUUGCUGAAGUUUCUCCCUACUUGUAUGAUGCACUGAAGUUUGACUACGAGAAUCCCUGUGACUCGCUGGAAUAUCCUGUAAUAAUAGAUCAAGGGUUAUUCAUAGCAUGACCAGUUUAACUGGAAGGAGUUGCUCAUUGGACAAGUAAAGAACAAUGGUAUCUCGAUAUUGUUGUUCCAGUCAAAUGAUAUGUCAAGUAAACUAUUUCAACAUGGAGUGGAAUAUCUUCUUCCAACUCAAAUUUGGAUAAAUAUGUCGUAAAUAUUUGCCGUAGGAGUGAUAUCAAAUAUUGAGCACAAUAAACAAGCUUCUACCGGUGAGUGAUGCUUAUGGUGAGUUGCAUGUCUGUGUAGAUUUGUACUAGUAUUGGAGUUUGGGCUCCCAUUUUGAUCCUACAAAUCUUGUAAAUACAAAUUCUAGUUGCAAAGUAUAGUCCCAGAAUUCAUGUCUCAUGUUGUG